AUUGGGGGGGGGCGCCGCCAUUUUCUUGCAGCUCAGUCAGGAAACCAGAAACAUUUGCAGAGUUCUUCUCUUGUUUUCUAGCUGUUGAUAGAGGUGUGAGGUUGCAGAAGAGUGUUGUGUCCACUGAGGAGGAGACGGUAAGCUGUCAUGGAGAAUGUUCUCGGUGAAGUCAUGAGCUGGAUCUUCUAGCACCGCCCUGGACAAGUUGCUGCACACAUGCCCUUCGAUUCUCUGCCUAUGUGCUCAAACACACGGAGAAGUUGGUGUAUUUAUUAGGAGAGUUUGUAAAAGGACGUCAUGAUGGAAAACGGGCAACUUCUCACAGAUGGAUCCAGCAACAGAAAUACCUUGGAAAGAUGUCCCCGUCCUCUGUAUUCUCGGGAUUCUACCCAGCAACCUCACCAAUUGCCACGCCAUUUUCAGGGUAAAAAUCUGAUUCAUGUUAAAGAGGAAGCAGAAGAGAUGUUUGUGACAAGUGAUGAACACUGGAAGGAGGGGAAAGGGGAGAUCAGUACAGAUGGAUCCAGUAACAGAAAUACACCAGAGAGAUGUCCCAGCCCUCUGUAUUCCCGGGAUUACUCUCAGGAACAUCACAACAUCCCUCAGGAUGAUCAGUGUUGGGAUUUUCAAGCUGCUGCCUUUUCAUCGAACGCCGGCCCUUCUGGGACUGCGAGGUCGUCGCGGGGCAGAAAUCAGUGUAGAACCCAGCCCAGUCGGAAGCAGAAUUUGACGUGGUCAGUACUGGAGAAUUCCGUGUUGGUCACUCACACCGUCCCGCACUACCCGAAGUUAUGUGGCACGCAGGGUCGAUACCUCUACCCGUACCAGAAGAAACAGAUCUGGCAACAGAUAGCCGUGGCAGUGAACGGAGUGUCCCGUCAGCAUCGCGACUGGAAGCAUUGCCGCAGGAAAUUAACUGAUAUUAGAAGGGCAAUUCUGCGCAAGCAUCGCGAACAUCACAAUGCUUCGUUGCAGAGUGGCGGAGGACCCACCAAGGAGCUUGUUCUUCUGGAGUAUGAGAGGGAGUUGAUGACUGUUUUGCAAGAUGAGAUAUUCUCUGGCCUUGGGGGAGAAUUUGACAUGGAUCUCCCGGAAGAUGCAGCAGCUGGGUCACCCCAAGCAAGUAACGGGGGACACGAUGGAACAUUCUCAUCCAUUGACAACACCGUACUUUUUUUCUCUGAACAAGAAGAAGAUGCUGAAGAGGAACUUGAGCAGAAGGAAUUGAAGACAUCACACGGUGACAAGUCAUCCAAAAUAGGAGGUGCGCCAAGUAAGUUUUGUUAUUUUACACAAUAUAUACGGCAUGACACCAGAAAACUUUGGCUUGCACAAAAACAUUGCUUGGUGACUUUGGGCCAAAUCUUCAUUUUGCCUUCUAGUCUCCUAUCCUUAUCACCAGAUGCUUACUUUUAACCACUUA